AUGGCUUCUGAACUCUGUUUUCGGGAAAAGGUACAUGUUGUGCCUCCCUUCGAAAUAGUAUUUCCUUUAGAUCGCGAGAUCGCCAUGCUGAAGUUUAAUUUGCACACUCUUUGGCUGUUCACACGCAGCGACCUGAAGGCCGUCUUAUUCCCAACCAUCAUCUUUGCGACAUGCGGAGCCUUGUCGGGAAAAAUCGUCACCACUAAGGAGGACGUCACCAUUUCAGGUGUUCUCAGCCGGUUGCCGCUCGUUGCUGUGUGGACCUGGGUCCAUCUGCUUGUCCAUGACAUUGCAAAUCAGCGCCUAACCCCCGGCAUCAUAGAAGACAGAAUAAACAAACCUUGGCGGCCGUUACCAGCUGGUCGUAUUACCCAAGAUCAUGCAAGCAAACUGCUUCUUGUUGUUACCCUAGCUACCUUCGCUAUAUCCUGGCAUCUUGGAACCCUGAGGGAGUCAGUUACACUGGUGGUCCUUACCUGGAUAUAUAACAACCUUGGAGGAGCAGACAAGCACCCAAUUCUGCGCAACGUCCUUAAUGCCUGCGGUCUCAUCUCCUGCAACGCGGCUGCGACGGUCAUUGCGGCGAGUUUGGGACACACAUCUUUCACACGGAAUGCUCACGCCUGGUCUGCCAUUGUCGCUAGUGUCAUUGCCUCAACGAUCCAUGUACAAGACUUUUCUGAUUCCAGCGGAGAUGCUGCUAUUGGGCGACGAUCGAUUCCAUUGGUAUAUGGCGAUGGACCGGCGAGGUGGUCUAUUGCUGUCCUAGUCACCACCUGGUCCUUUCUGUGUCCUUGGUACUGGGGGCUGAGAGUUGUCAGCUAUAUUAUGCCUGUUGUGAUAGGGGCCAUGGUGCAUUUGGAGCAUGACUCUGUACUGCUUGCCUCUGUGCAGAUGAUAGGUCUGGAGGCAGGUGUGGACAAGACCAGCUUGGAUGAAUAG